CGCAGCCAGAGUGUGGUUGGUGAGUGCGAGCCGCGAGCUCCCUCAGUCCGGGCGAGAGAGUGAGGGAGGUCGGACAGGGCCGAGCCGCUCAUUACUCGCCUUGUUGAAGCGGCGCAAGAGGGACCGAUCCUUUCUGGUGAUUUCCAUGGAGCGGGUGUAUCGCAGUCGGUGUCUCCGGGAUGUGGAGUUACGCGGCGGUCUGUGUGGGCAGCAGCUGUGGUGAGAGAUUGUACUGGCCACCCUGUCUUGCUGCAGAGCUCUUCAGCCUUGCUUCCCUGUCACAGUGCAAUGGAUCCAGAGAAAGGGCGUAUGCACUCGGUGUUCUGUGUGUGGCUGCCAGUUGUUUUCUCAUGUAUCAGGGCAGACCUGGCUCCUUACUUCACAGCAGAACCCCUGUCCACAAUACAGAAACUAGGGGGACGAGUUCAACUUCGCUGUGCUGCAGAGCCUGCCUGGGCACACAUUACAUGGCACUUCAACGGAAAGAAAUUAACAGACGGCGAACAGAAUGGAAUAGCAAUCCAGUUUGGGUCAUUGACCAUCUCCCAUCUACAAAGAUCCCAUGUUGGGAGAUACCUCUGUGUGGCAAGCAGUUCUGUCGGUGCAGUAGUGAGCAGACCUUCUUCGGUUACUGUUGCAAGUAUAAGUGAUUUCCAGGCACCUAGCCAGCGAGUAGUUACAGUGGACGAAGGAAGCACAGGCAUCAUUGAGUGUCGUUUACCUGACAGUAAACCUCAAGCGCUAAUCCGCUACCGAGUGAAGGGUAAAUGGUUUGAGCAAUCCACAGAUAAGUACCUAAUCCUUCCUUCUGGAAACUUGCACAUUCUGAAUGUCACACAGCAGGAUAAAGGAAGCUACAAGUGUGCAGCGUACAAUCCAGUCACAAAUGAGAUGAAAAUGGAACCUACGGGACGUAAACUGCUGAUUAGACGCCCUACAACUAGUUCUGCGCACAUCAUCUAUCCCACAACUCCACAGAAUAUAACUGUAAUUCAGCAUAGCCCACUGAUCCUAGAAUGCGCAGUAAGUGGCAUCCCAACUCCACGAGUCAAAUGGCUAAAAGAUGGUAGGGAACUGUCUGGGAACAAGAGGUGGAGACUAUUUCAUCAUAACCUGGUUGUUGAUCAGAGCAAAAUGUUGGAUGCUGGGAGUUACUUGUGUAUUGCUGAAAAUGGAAUGGGGGAGCCAGUGUCUGCAAACUACACAGUUAUUGUUCAUGAGCCUGCUGCAAUUGUCAAAGGACUACAGGAGCUGACACUCUCCGUGGGAUCUACAGCACGUUUAACUUGUGAUUAUCAUGGAAAUCCAUGGCCCAAUAUUACCUGGUACUACAAUGCAGUCACUAUUCAAACUGGUGUUCGAUACUUGGUCUCUGGAAAUAGACUAAAGAUUGUGGGAUUGGUUGCUGAAGAUGCUGGGAUGUAUCAGUGUGUGGUGGAAAAUAAGAUUGGUUCAACGCAAUCGUCGGCUAGGCUCAUAGUCCAAUCAGAUCAAGGCACAAAACCUGUGAUUACCUCCCCACCCACUAAUUUGAGAGUGACUGAAGGAGAGUUUGUUACACUGACCUGUAAUGCUACUGGUCAGCCAACACCUAUCAUCCGGUGGUUUGAUCGGCAUGGACUAAUCAGCAACCACCCUUCUCAUAUUCUCCGGUCGAAAUCUCGGAAUGGUCAACUGUCUGGCAUGGGAAGUCCCAGCUCCAAUACACCGCAUCUUACUAUGACUAGGGCUGGAUCAAGUUCUCUUUACAUACGCAUUGCAUCAUUGGAAAGUUCAGGAGUAUACAUUUGUGAAGCCUCCAACAAGAUGGGUUCAGUCCAGGCAGAGGCCUUUCUGUCAGUUGUUCCCUUUGAAACAAAGGUCAGAGUUGAUGACCAAGAGCCCACGCAAUCAGCGAGAAGUUCAGAUAUUGUUCAGGGUGAUGAAGGUGAUGAAACUAUCGACUACGAUUAUGUCUUUGACAUUAUGUCACCAGAGCACCAGCCAACGAAAGAAUCCAUCUCCCCUGAGCCAACACAAAAGACUCCACCUGAUGCUCCCAUCAUUCUCAGUGCUCCAUAUACUACCAACCCAGACAGCUAUGAUUUAAUUUGGAGAGCAGGAAAAGAUGGUGGUUCUCCCAUCAAUGCCUACUUUGUCAAAUAUCGAAAGCUUGACAAUCGUGGGAAUAUGUUGGGAAACUGGCACACAAUUCGGGUUCCUGGCAGUGAAAAUGAACUUCAACUUGCCGAGCUUGAACCUUCUAGUCUGUAUGAGGUAUUGAUGGUCGCACGAAGUGCUUCUGGUGAAGGGCAGCCAGCCAUGCUGACGUUCCGAACUGGCAAAGGGCGAUCCUCCACCUCAAAGAAAAACUCUCGAACGCCAUCACAACCUGUCGGAGUUCCCAAGCAAACACCAGUCGAGGAUAAGACAAGUACUAAUUUUGGCGUGGUAAUCCAUGAUCUAACACGACAUAGCAGAGAUCCCUUGUGUGUCGUCUGGAAGCACCAGAAAUCACCGACAGUGAUUCACCAACAGGAAGUCCCACCAUUUCAUGUCCCUGAGGCACCAGACCGACCUACAAUCUCAACUGCCUCAGAAACCUCUGUGUAUGUGACUUGGAUUCCAAGAGCGAAUGGAGGCUCCCCCAUCACCUCCUUUAAUGUGGAGUACAAACGGAUAGGAAGGAACAGUGACUGGCUAGUGGCAGCAAACAGCAUCUCGCCAUCUAAACUUUCAGUGGAAGUGCGUGGUCUUGAACCAGGUGCUGCAUACAAAUUUCGUGUGAUUGCCAUUAAUGCCUAUGGUGAAAGUCCCAGAAGUGCUGCCUCACGACCUUAUCAAGUGGCAGGAUUCAGCAAUCCAUUUUCAGCACGUCCAAUUGCAGGUCCUCACAUUGCUCAUACUGAAGCUGUAACUGACACCCAGAUCAUGCUGAAAUGGACGUAUAUUCCAUCCAGUAACAACAACACUCCCAUCCAAGGAUUUUAUAUCUAUUACCGACCGACCGACAGUGACAAUGACAGCGACUACAAGCGAGAUGUAGUUGAAGGGAACAAACAGUGGCAUCUCAUCAGACAUCUGCAGCCUGAAACCUCAUAUGAUAUCAAGAUGCAGUGUUUUAAUGAAGGUGGAGAGAGUGAAUUUAGCAAUGUCAUGAUCUGUGAGACCAAAGCACGGAGGUCCCUUGAAUCCUCGGAAUACUCUGUGGUGAUGGGUGACGACAUAAGUACACAACCUAAUCUCUCUGACCACCAGGGUGGUGGUCAUGGGGCAUCCACUUCUGGCACACGGAGCAAUGAUAUGUUAUACCUGAUUGUGGGCUCAGUGCUAGGGAUCAUGGUUCUCAUCCUCAUUAUCUUCAUUGCCAUGUGCCUAUGGAAGAAUCGUCAACAGACAACGCUACAGAAGUAUGAUCCUCCUAACUACCUCUAUCAAGGCCAAGAGGUAAAUGGCCAGCUGAUGGAGUAUACCACCCUGCCAGGCACCAGUCGAAUCAAUGGAAGCAUUCAUGGCAGCUACAUUGGUAAUGGAAGCCUCAGCAAUGGCUGCCCACACCUGCACCACAAGCUUUCAAAUGGGGUGAAUGGACUGAUGAAUGGGGGAAUCAAUGGAGGAACUGCAAUCUAUCCUAACCAGACAAACUCGCUGCAAAGAGCCCACAUGGACUACGACCAAGCUCACCAUAUUAUGAAUGGUGGUGGGAUAUACACAGCACUCCCACAGACAGAACCAUCAGAGUGCAUCAACUGUCGUAACUGCAGGAAUAACAACAGCAGAUGUUUCACGAAAACCAACGGCACUUUUCCAAGCAGCAAUUUACCCAUGAUUCAGCGGACUCCAGCCUGCCACCAAGAUAGCAUGGAGAUGAUGCCUCUAAAUCAUAUCAUUGCUCCAUUGUGCUCUGGAUCUAUUAUCACUGAAAAUAACAGAGAGGUGGAGUGUGAUAAUACAAAGGCAAGUGCACCACCAACUCCCCCUCAAGAUUCCUGCUGCAGUGAUCUGGACCAAUCAUAUGAGGACAAAAUACAAGAUGGCAAAUAUCCUGAAUUGGAAACUGAGAACCAAACACUAAGUGGCAUUUUUCCUCCUUUCAACUCUGCUCCAAUAGACUGUGAUGACCCAACAGCCUGGAGUGCAACACAACCUGCUGAAGAUAAUCUCUGUGAGCACUCCACACAAGAGCAGCUACGGGAAACCUAAGAGGCUGUUUGCCUGAAGCCAGUAACUGCAGCCAGUCACUGGAGGGACUGAGGAGGGAUCAAAAAAGAAUGCUAUUUAUUUUUUGUAGUAGUAAAAUAUUACUCCAUAUGAAUGUAUCUGGUUUAAAGAUGUCUUCACCCUUUUUAAUUAUUUAUGCUUUCUGAAGAGAAAUUCCUUCUCUGCAGAAUGUGGAGUUUUAGCCUUGUUUUGUAUAAAGUUUUGUAAUAAUAUAAAAAAAAGCUCUAGAAAUUGUUAAUUAAUGUCAGAUCAUGCCUGUCUGGUGGAAUGAGAAGCACUUGUAAGGAGGACAUUUUAAGAUGCAAUACCCAGACAAAGAUGGGAGGGAGCUGAUCCCUGAAAGAACUCAUCCAAAGGUAAUGCAACUGGAUGGUCUGGUUGUAAUGUAACCUGAAUGUGAUGUAUGGGUACACAGUUACCAAGGUGUUGUAAUGAAGCUGGUGAAAACAUUUCUUGGUCAGGCACCUAUCUUUAAACAGACUCCAUUUACAUGAACCAGCUUGGUUUCAGUCAGGUUGAAAGUUCAUAUCCUCCUCCUCAUUGUGACUGUGGAUCUGCUACCAAUUUUUUUUAAUCAAUUGUAAUAUUAUGUUCAGCUCUGACUGAGGUUCACCACAAUGAGUUGACCUGUUUGGUACUUGUUUUCAUCUGUCACUUAACACCAUCUCAUCUCAGGUUAGGACAAGACCUAUUGCAAAAUGCCCGAUCUGACUGAAAUCAGGCAAGUUGGCUGCUUUUGCCACUGUGAAUGACAUUGCUUCCAGCUAGUAGGUUUCUUGGUAAUUUCAAUCAACAGCAGUAGAAACUCACAUAGCUGAAACGAGCAAUGAGUUGUCCUAUCUUCUCCAUUCCUAAAGGCAAUAGUGUGCAUUUUUGGCUGCUGGAGUUUGUGCUGAAUUUGCAUCCUGGGAAAGCAAAUAAUACUGCAAAGCAAAACAUUUGAUGUCCAUGUGGGUGGAGGUACAGAGAUUUACCAGUUUUUGUUCAUGCAAAGAAAGCAGAUGGCCAGCAGGCCCAAAUGCACCAACUAACCAAACCAACUGCUACCAUUGUAAGGUUUUGCUUUGGGAGUGUGGCAAAGGUUUGUGUGUUCAGUUGCCUGGUGAAUGCACUUUUUGGAUGCAUUUUAUCCACGUAAUACAACAUUAACUUCCAAUUAAUUGAGGGAAAUGAAGUUUCGAUGAAACUAUUUGUACUUGGUUGACAUUACAGCCUUAUUGUAGUAUUACAGGUUGACUCUUGAUGUUGCAGUGUGUAAACCAUUUCAUGCUUUCCCUGAUUGUUACUGUAUAUUGUACUAAUUGUGGUGUUAAGUUGUUUAUUAAUAAUGUGUUCAGUUUUCAAGCAUCUUCUGUCCCAUCCUGUUUGUCUUAAAUUUGAGCCUGGGUUUUUCUGAACAAGGGAGAGCCAUUGGAGUUUCAGCAUGUGUGCCCUCAGUUUUUGCAAUUUAUUUAUUGGUACUAGGGAAAGCAGCAAAGAAAGGAAUGUAUGAUUCUGCCUGUUUCCAUUCAGUGUUUAUGUUACAGUUCCACUAUCAUCAAUAUUUCCAUGAUUUGGAGGAGCCGGUGUUGGACUGGGGUGGACAAAGUUAAAAAUCACCAGGUCAUAGUCAAACAGGAAG